AGCGACGUUAACAAACUCCUUGACUGAAACCAGUGACUUUUCAGAGGUCGCAUAUUGGAUUUUAAUUUUUCUUUGCUUAUAUAAAUUAUUCUAGAACGGAUCCAGUCAGCUGGAGCUGAGUAGAUAUUGCCUACUGUCUGCAGUCUGUGUGUUAUGUGCCUCUUGCCUGGGAUCUGGGCUCAGCUGUCAAUCAGCAACGUUGUUUGGCGUAGCCAGUUUCAGGGCGCGCACUCCAGCGAAAGCUACACGCCGGGGGUAAAGCCGAUCGCUGAGAGCCGCUCUAGCCCAUGCAAUCCGGACCAUUGCUCGGCAGCAGCCGCUCGCUGGCUCUGCACACCACCCAAUGCAGGAAUUGAGAGCCCGCCUUGUGAACGGAGAUCCGCCAGAAAACCGCAUUGGUGAAAACCUAGCACGAUUACUUACCUAUUUAUGUUUGGUGACGCCCCUGGACGGUUCCAUUUUGAGCCUUGGAGGACCCAGGCAGGGGAAAAAAAAUCCGAGAGAAAGAAAGAGAGCUCUUAGAUAAUAGGAAAGCACUGAACAUGUAGUGAGAGGUGGAGGAGGAUGAAGUGGGCAAGAUCAGCGAUUAAAGCGAUGUCAGAUUAAAAACCUUAAUCAGAUCUCUUCUGUGUUGCUAUAUGGAGAAGGCGGGGCAGCGAGAUAGAAGAGACACUAUUUAGCAAGAAGUGCUGGGAGGAAGCAGAGGGAAGUGCUCAGGGCAUGUAUCAUCUUUGCAGGAGCGACGACAGUCCCAGCCCAAAACGCCGGCGUCUCUCUCAUUCUGUCCUUGAGAUCCAGAGUGCAUCUCCUCCUCAGACGCCACCAAUGCGACCAUGGGAAAUAACAGUGAAUAGGCGGCCUCCCUCAGCCCCUUUCAACCAGCGACGAUUCUCAGGGGAACGGUGCAACACACCAGCACAUCACAGGAGAAGCCCUCCUGCGCGACGCCAGUGGGGUAGGCGUGACAGGCCUUUGCAUAAUCCCAUAAACCAGGAUGAAAACUACCACCAUCCUCCAUAUUCACAGCAACUGCCUAUAGAUGAAAAUCGAUCUUACAAUCACACAAGCCUAUCACCACGUAUGCUUCAUCCUGCUGCACAUCCUCCGCAGCAAAAUCCCGUCAUGGUGGAUCUCCACGAACAGAUGCAUCAAGGCACAGUUCCUGUGUCCUACACCGUAACCACAGUAACGGCACAUGGUUUCCCACUCCACGCAGGGCAACAUAUCCCAGGGUGCAAUACGCAACAGGUUCCAGCAUGCUCAGUAAUGUUCAGUGGACAGCACUACCCAGUGUGCUGUGUCCCACCACCUCUGAUUCAUGCGUGCACAAUGCAGCAUCUGCCAGUCUCUUACCAAGCCUUCCCUCCACUUAUCUCCAGUGAACAUUUUAUACUGCAUCCUCCCCAUCUGCCACCCCACCAGCAUCCCCACCUUCCUCCCUUGGGCCAGUUUGUUCCAAUCCAGCCACAGCACCCACGACUGCCCCUGCAGAGGAUAGAGAAUGAAGUAGAAAUGAGGGGGGACCAGCACCCAGUUGGUGGUUUUACAUACCCGCCUUCACAUCAUCCCCCUGCCAUGCCAACUUCAGUCCCUCUGCAGUAUCUUCCUCAUGACCCCUUACACCAGGAAUUGCCCUUUGGAGUGCCAUACCCACAUGUUAUGCCACGGAGAAUGACUGGACAACGAUAUCGCUUACAACAGCCUUUGCCACCACCUCCACCCUAUUACCCUAGUUUCCUGCCAUAUUUCUUAUCAAUGCUUCCAGUGCCUCCUGCAGUGGGACCAGCCAUUAGUGUGGAACUAGAGGUGGAGGAUGUAGAAGUGGAAAAUUAUGAGGCACUGCUAAACUUGGCUGAACGACUGGGAGAAGCUAAGCCGCGGGGACUCACCAAAGCAGACAUAGAGCAGCUUCCAUCCUAUAGGUUUAAUCCUGAAAAUCACCAGUCAGAACAAACCUUGUGUGUAGUGUGCUUUAGCGAUUUUGAAUCAAGGCAGCUACUUAGAGUCUUACCCUGCAACCAUGAGUUCCAUGCAAAGUGUGUCGAUAAAUGGCUGAAGACCAAUCGUACAUGUCCUAUCUGUCGAGCUGAUGCUUCUGAAGUUCACCGAGAUUUAGAGUAAAGCCAUUUCCGCAGCACAAUAUUGAAGACGUUACCUAGGUGACGUGGGGGAGCACACUGUUCACCCACUCAUCUGUGUUACCUUAAGCCUUCCCCUUGAACAACAGCAAUCUAGGAUCUUAUCUGGAGUCCUGUUACCUCUGUUUGCACCGUGCGAUUUGAUGACUUCAGCAAACACCUAGUAUCUUCGCUUAGAAACAGUUAUGGAGUUGUGUUGUACUAACAUUGUGUUCCAAACUCCAAAGAUUUUAACCUGCGUGUAUUUUGAUGUGUAUUAACAUUUUAUAGUUUGUAUGAUCAUUCCAAGUAUUGACACAAAAUUUGAGGGGUUGUGAUCUCAUCAUAUGCUCGAAAAGAAACAGUAGGUGGAAGACGAUGGGGUACUCUGCCCAAUAAACCCUCCAGCAUACUGUACUGAUGGAGCGAAGCAGGAUGCUUGAGAAGUGUGUGCGUGUGUGCGUGCGUGCGUGUGUGUCUGUAUGUUAUCUGUGUAAUGUCUGAAUGUACCUAUCCAUGUUUUCUUGUAUUUGUACCAUACACUGGUCUAGUUCUCUUGUGUGCCUUUGCACACACUAUCCUAACCACUUCCAAAAUAUUUCCUGUAUCGUUUGCAUGAAUAACAGUGAGUGAGUGUGUUUGAGUGCAAGGUUAGAGGAGGGAAAAUAUUUAAUGUGCACAUAUGCAUGCGUGUCCAGCCAGCUUGGACUGGUGAUGACUAGCUCUAUCCAGCUGUGGGUGGGGGUGGGAAUCUGUGCUCAGCUAUUACUGCCAUGCACUGUACUGCACACAUACCUAAGCUCACAGCCUUUGUGGUGCAAAAAUUAUUCCAAGCAGCUAAAUUAUUUAGGAUUUGUGGUUGUUGAUUGCUCUGUAGAUGCCACCAAUUGUUUACCAAUGAUUUAUGUGGUGGGAUAGUGGAUUGUUUACUGUUUUAAUUAGUCCUGACCUGAGGGACGGUGGACUCUGUAGGAGACCCAUUGGCCAGGGGCCAGGGCCCUGUGUUCUGUGUUAGGAAGAUUUUUGCUUUGGUACUUGCACAGUUACAGUUACCUCAUUUUGCCAUGUAUGUAUUUGAAAUUUGCUAAUAUAUAUAUAGGAAAUGGUUCCGAUGCUAAACAUUUUGUGUUUUCAUCCCAUUUGAAUCAUAUUGUUGUAGCAUUUAACAUAACUAGUUAUAAUGUAUUAUACAUCUGUAAACCAAAUUGUUUCAGAGACGAAAUUUUUAACAGAUUUGUACUUUUUUUAUGAAAGUUGCUAGUUAUGCUUUACCAGGUAGUGCAAUCAUUUUUUAUUGUUGUGGCUGAUUUGAGAGGGUUGUUCACUAAUAAAUGUAUGAUGUAUACCAACAUAA